AUGCGCGCAUCCUCCCAUGGAUCCAAGAUGGCGGACACGGGGACCGGCGGCUCUAGUAGCUCGGGCACGCGGUCAGGUAGCAAACACUCUUCAACCCCGGCAGAUAACUACUAUUUGGCUCGAAGGAGGACCCUUCAAGUGGUGGUUAGUUCAUUGCUGACAGAGGCUGGGUUUGAGAGCUCUGAGAAGGCUGCUGUGGAAACCAUGACAGAGAUGCUCCAGAGCUACAUUUCAGAAAUUGGGAGGAGUGCCAAAUCUUUCUGUGAACAUACUGCGAGGACUCAGCCAACCCUUUCAGAUAUUGUCGUCACCUUAGCUUCUUUGCUUUCUUCUGUUUCAGGCUUUAAUGUGGAAACGCUCCCUGCAUACGCCAAACGGUCCCAGCGGAUGGUGAUCACUGCCCCACCUGUAACAAAUCAGCCCGUGACUCCAAAAGCCCUGACAGCCGGACAGAACAAGCCUCACCCAUCCCACAUCCCUGGUCACUUCCCAGAGGUUCCGGAUCCUCACACUUACAUCAAGACACCAACGUACCGGGAGCCUGUGUCGGAUUAUCAGACGCGGGAAAAGGCUGCUUCCCAGAGACGGGAUGUUGAAAGAGCUCUGACACGCUUCAUGGCAAAGACAGGAGAGACACAAAGUCUUUUCAAGGAUGAUGUCAGCACCUUCCCUUUGAUAGCUGCCAGGCCCUUUUCAAUACCCUACCUGACAGCUCUGCUUCCUUCUGAAUUGGAGAUGCAGCAGAUGGAGGAGACGGAUUCAUCUGAACAAGAUGACCAGACAGACACAGAGAACCUCCCCUUGCACGUGAGCACGGAUGACCCGGGAGCUGAGAAGGAGAAUGCAUCGGUACUACAGCACAACACCUCGCUUUCUGGCAGCCGGAAUGGAGAUGAGAACUUGAUAGACAAUCCCUACCUUCGCCCAGUGAAGAAGCCCAAACCGCAGGAAGAAGUGAACUGUGGCAGAUGAUGGGUGGGAUAGGGAGGAAGCUUUUGGACCUCCUGUGGUCCUUGCAACUGCUGAGAUGUGGCAUGGGAAAGGCAGAAAGAUGCUGCGGUUGAGGGCCAAAUGGAAAAGCAGUCUCUCUGGUUCAGGUCCUUUUCUCCACAACAGUUUGUUAUAACUUAAGGUGAAGUCUGAAAUGCUCACCUAGAAACAUGGAAAUCCAUCUGUCUCUUCCAGGGAACAGCAUGCUGCAGAUUGCAGUACCUACAACAUCUCUUGCCAUCCUCAAGUGUACCUUCUUUUUGAGGACUGCAGACAGAUUAGCAGGAAAUGCAAAAUACUUCCUCACAUUUGCCAGGUCUCCUGGAACUUCAGAAGGAGAACCAUCUAUCAUUUCUAUCUGCUUGCCUUUCAUAUGUUGCUACUCAUCCUGGGAUUCAUGCCACAUCACCUUGCUAAAUAUGACAUGUUUGGAUGAGGGGUAGCCAAGGCAGCAGUUGGAUAUUCAGUUGUGCCUUUGCGAAAGACGAGGCUGUUCAGAACCACACAAUUUCUAAAGUCUCUGUGUGCUUGGAGCUGGGGGUUUGGUCUGAUCUUUUCUCUGGUUUGAAUUGUUGGGAGAGCUGAGCAGAGAAAUUUGAUGGUGGCAGAGCAAGAAGAGAAACACCCCAGCAGAUCUGCAAUGCUUGACAGCACAAGACAACUCACUUUUUUACAAGUGCAUGUUGAUUGCAGAUCUUGUUUUCACCUGGAUGAGAGAGCUCUUUGUUUAGAAUCUAAUUGCCUGCACAUUGGCUCCAAGUCUUAGAUUUAUAUUCUCCUUGGCAAUACAGCAGCAGUUUUUCUACCUUCCUUUUGUCCCCAAGUAAUGUUGGCAUAGGCUGUAUUCUGUCCGUGAUAAGAGGCAGGGAAAAAGAUGCCACCCAGAAUGCAAUUAUAAGCUGUCCACCCUGCUUGAUGUUGAUGGCUGGGGGUGUGUGUGUGUGUAUGGUUGUCUUUACUUCAGUCUCCCCAUCAGCAGAGAGAGGUGAGAAACUACUCUCUUCUCCCACACCUUCCACCCUGGCCAGCAUCCCUGGGUCUGGGAUGUAGCAGUAGAUUCACUGCAUCACUCCCUGACCCCAUCUUCAAGUGUCUCUGAGAUUUGUAUUACAUGCCUGUCAGUACACUUUCCUAAAAUAUUGUCAUUAUCUAACAUUGUCCAAGCCAUGGUUUGGAGAGUUGAGAAUAUGCUGCAGCUCUUGCUCUUAGUCCUACCCCCCUCAGGUGCCAAUUCCCUCUAUUUCUUUGUUUCCUCUAACCAUAGUUUGACAUGAUAUCUCAGUCAGGUAGACUGUGGUUAGCACUAACCUCCAAAACAUGAUUUGAAACUGUUGUUUGGAUGCACUCCUGGUUAGCUGUAGCAGUUGUUUGGAAGAUAGUCUUAAUUGGUUUGUGCUAGUUGGUCUCUUGUGAUAACUUGACUAUUCAAAUUUGCAUCAACCCACUUUAACCACAGCAACACUAAUAAGAAGGGCUUCCGAAAUGUGAUGCUGAACACGAACUGCAAAUUAUGCCAUGUAAAGCAGAAUUGUGCUGCAGCUUUGUAGCUUCAUAAUGGGCCCAUUUGGAAAUACUCGGAGCUCAAUUAAUAUCCUGUUAUGAUUUGUUUGCAACACCUUCUCUAGUGCAAGUGCAAAUUACAGCAGCUGCGCUCUAAAUCUCUAUACAUCUGCUCUGCUUUGCUCAUACCUGUGGAAAAGACUAGCUUAAUAGCACUAUCUCUUCAUCUACCCUGUAAGUAACCUGAUAACAAAAUCCUUUAGUUUCCUCUUCAUCUAUUCCUCUGCUGAUCUGCUGGGUAAUUCACUGCUCUUCUAGCACAUUAAGGGACAUUAGAAAGUCAUGGUGCCCUUUAAAUGUUUAGAGUUGCCCCAGAUGAUCAGCUAUUCAUCCGUUUUCCUCUUGGUCCCUUUUAGUUGUUGUUGGACUAGAGUGUCCACCAUCUGACCACUGGCUGUGCUGGCUGGGGCUGAUGGGAGUUGGAGUCCCAGCAGUAUGUGGAGGGCUCCCCAUGCCUCUGUAGGUACAGAGUCAGUGAAAGGAAGGCUUCAGCAUUUAAGAACUGGUUGAUGUGGAAGGGAAAUAAACUUAGCAGCGUUUCUUUUCAAAAUAUCCUAAAAACCUUGCACUUAUUAAACAGUGUAUUUUGCUAUAGCCUUCAUUCCGUAAUAUCCAUUGGUGAAAGAAGCAGUUUUUUAUUGACAUCUCAUUCCCUUUCCUUCAGUGUAGCCUGUGAGCCUAAAUGGAUUCACAGAUUUUGGCGAGUGCAACACGUUGCUGUCUGUUGGUGCUGUCAAUCUUUCUAUUGCUGGGAUGAACAAAUUUUGGUGCUCCAGAUAUUGGACCCCCAACAUCCAUCAGCCUUAUGGUCAGGAAUGAUGAGUGUUGUAGUCCAAAAACAUUGAGGACCACAGGUUAUAGAAGAUAAGCUGCAUUGCUUUCCCCUGCCAUUCCAAAAAAAGAAAGGGAAGGGAAAACAAGUCUUUCACAUAUCAAAUUAUUCUGUCCAUGGAGCUCUUGGGGUGGGGGUGGAACUGUUGUUAUCCAUUUUCAUUUGCCAAAAAACUCUUUCACUGUCAAUUCUGCUGAUAUACUUGUAUGUACAAAUGUAAAUAAAGACAGUUGUAUAUUUCUACAUUUAUAUAUUUUUGGUCACUGGUUAGGUUUUUGGGCAAUUUAAAAUGUUAGCCAAAUGUAGACAAAUAGUGAAAAUAGUUUAUUUUUUCAGUUCAUAAUAAAAUGGUGCCUGCAUAAGCCAAA